GCGGCGGCGGCUGUGCGUGUGUCUGUCUCUGUGCAUGCAGGAAGGAUCACUUCCGCCUGGCUGCAGGAACAAGAAGCCGGAGCAUCUAUCGCAGAUCAGAAGGAGCUUCUUGUCUGUGUCAUGGGGAGCAGAUAAGCCAUUGAAGUGCUCCGCAGCCGCUUGAGGAGGGACCGAGUGUACAGCCUGGCAGUGGGAGUAGCGGAAGGUGUGCGGGAAGGCACCGGCAGGAGGCUGUGAGGAGUGCUGAAGAUGUCCGAUAGUGUGGAUAUUGAAGAGAAACCUCCAGCUCCCCCUCUGAGAAUGAAUAGUAACAACCGCGAUUCUUCAGCAUUGAAUCACUGCUCAAAACCACUUCCUAUGGCCCCAGAGGAGAAGAACAAGAAAGCUAGGCUGCGCUCCAUUUUCCCAGGAGGAGGGGAUAAAACCAACAAGAAGAAGGAAAAGGAACGCCCUGAAAUAUCGCUCCCUUCAGAUUUUGAGCACACCAUCCAUGUUGGAUUUGAUGCGGUCACGGGAGAAUUCACUGGUAUCCCAGAACAAUGGGCACGACUACUCCAAACCUCAAAUAUAACCAAACUGGAGCAGAAAAAGAAUCCUCAGGCAGUAUUAGAUGUCCUUAAAUUCUAUGAUUCCAAAGAGACAGUGAACAACCAGAAGUAUAUGAGCUUUACAUCUGGAGAUAAAAGCGCACAUGGAUACAUAGCUGCCCACUCGCUGUUCUUAUCACAUGUGCUCCAGAAUGCAAAGACUGCGUCUGAGCCUCCCCUGGCACCUCCAGUUUCGGAGGAAGAGGAUGAAGAAGAGGAAGAGGAGGAAGAUGACAAUGAGCCCCCACCUGUUAUUGCCCCUCGGCCUGAGCAUACAAAAUCGAUCUACACGCGAUCUGUUAUCGAACCAGUUGCAUUAACUGCACCAGCUAAAGAAGCCUCCACCUCUCCUGUGACCCCCCAGCCAGAAAACUCAAACUCAAGCACGAGCACUUUGUAUAGGAAUACUGAUCGGCAACGUAAAAAGUCCAAGAUGACCGAUGAAGAGAUCCUGGAGAAAUUACGAAGUAUUGUCAGUGUGGGGGAUCCAAAAAAGAAAUAUACCAGAUUUGAAAAGAUUGGACAAGGGGCAUCAGGUACAGUGUACACAGCAAUAGACAUCGCUACAGGACAGGAGGUAGCGAUUAAGCAAAUGAACCUGCAACAACAGCCGAAAAAAGAAUUAAUUAUUAACGAGAUCUUAGUCAUGAGGGAAAAUAAAAAUCCCAACAUUGUGAAUUAUUUAGACAGUUAUCUGGUUGGGGAUGAACUCUGGGUAGUGAUGGAAUACCUGGCUGGUGGUUCUCUGACAGAUGUUGUGACAGAGACUUGCAUGGAUGAAGGACAGAUUGCAGCCGUCUGUCGAGAGUGCCUACAAGCCCUGGACUUCUUACAUUCAAACCAAGUCAUCCAUAGAGACAUAAAAAGUGACAACAUUCUGCUUGGCAUGGACGGAUCAGUAAAGCUUACUGAUUUUGGUUUCUGUGCUCAGAUUACACCUGAGCAGAGUAAACGAAGCACAAUGGUUGGAACACCGUACUGGAUGGCUCCAGAAGUAGUAACAAGGAAAGCCUAUGGUCCAAAAGUGGACAUCUGGUCUUUAGGCAUCAUGGCCAUAGAAAUGGUAGAAGGAGAACCUCCUUACCUUAAUGAAAACCCUCUCAGAGCAUUGUAUCUGAUAGCCACUAAUGGAACCCCUGAACUGCAGAACCCAGAAAGACUGUCGGCCAUAUUUCGAGAUUUCCUUAACCGAUGUUUAGAGAUGGAUGUGGACAGAAGAGGCUCUGCUAAGGAGCUUUUACAGCAUCCUUUUCUAAAACUAGCCAAGCCGCUCUCUAGCCUGACUCCACUGAUCAUAGCAGCAAAGGAAGCCAUUAAGAAUAGCAGCCGCUAGCAGUGCCGUUCACUGGCCAUAUCCCCCACAGAAGAAGAACUCAGCAGAUUCGGUAAAACCUCAUCUCUUCACGCAGCAGGAUCAGAGCUGAUUAACUGGAGACUUACAACGCUAUGGUGACAGUUUGCUAUGAGGCACACGUGUCUUUUUCCUGCCCUCGGAUCCCUUAAACUCAUUUUUCUUUUUUAUGUAGGGUCGGAUCUGCAGAUCUUGGGGGUGUUGCAAACUGGUGCUGUAACCUCGCACCCUAAUUCUGUGCGGAAACGUUUCUUGGACUGGCUACUUUCAUAACAGACAGUUCAUUUUCUGGUAUCUUGUUUGCUUUGUAUUAAAAGAAAAAAAAACUUAAAGGGUACUACUGCAUUUUCAAACAUGCAACAACCUUAACAUACUCCAGAAGGUCCGUGUAGAGUGCAUAGGCCACCUGUUCUAAUUCUAGUCUAAUUCUGUUGUCUGUUUCAGCACAGGGUCUGUUUACAUUCACUCAUUUAAUUAAGAUCUGCAUGUAAAUACAACCAUCUUUAGGGAAUAUAAAGGUGAAUUUACUGAGAAGUAUCCAGCCUUAAGAACUGAGCAAAUAAUGCAGUUUGAAUGGUAGAGGCCCAUUUGUUGCUCAACGAACCUGGAAGAUCAUGCUUUACUUUCCUGGCAGUGAAGAGGUUAGCGGCCUGAAUCUAUGGCACAAAGUCCAACAUUGUGGAAUUUUUUUUUAUUGAUAGGAAGAUGACUGCUCCACGUCCUCACAAAGCCAUCAUGCUUUCUCUUGGGCUGAAACGAUGGUUGCAGAUAGGGUAUGGCCAUGAGCUCUAGCUAGGUAUUUAUUUUGCUUUUAUAAUGGUACACACAUCUAAAACACACCUUCCCUCAAUAUUGUCUCUGACGUAAGGAAAGCUCUAUAGAUUUUUCUCCAGAAUAUUGGAAACUGAAGCUAUUUAUUCCUUUAGGACCUGUAUCUAUACUUGGUAAGGUUUCUUUGAUAUGUUUCCAGCACAUACAUGUGCCUUUUUUUGACCCCCCUUAAUUUUGUUUUCUAUGGGAAACUUGAGUUGUGCCUUUGGCCAAGAGUGGUUACUCCCCAACCCCCCCUCCAGGAGUCAUAAGGGGAAUUUGUGUUUAUGUGGGGUACAACUAACAACCACUUUUGUUUUCUUUAAGACAUGAGUUUUACUCUCAGGUCACCUGGGAACAUAUGUUCAUACCUCCAUAACCAAACACAGCAUUGAUGGGUUUAACUUCAUUAUUUUCCGAAUUCCUCUUUCUGUCUACUUGCCUGCAUAUUUCUCAAAAUAUUUAAAUGAAUUUUCUUCCUGUUUUUGAUCAAAAUAAUUAGCACACAUUCAUUGUGUCAGUUGCUUCCAACAGUAUGACCCAAAGAGUGAAAAAUGGGAGUGAGUUUAGUUUAAACAACCAAACUGCUCCUCUAUCUCCCUUCCUUUAUGACCAUCUCUGUAGUGCAGUCUAUUGUUGAUUUAUUAUAUCACUUCCUCUACUCUCAAAUGAAAUCAUACUGACAAGUUUGGGCUGUGCCUCAGAUCCCAUGUUCUAGGGAUGACACUUUUCUUUUUUGAGGGAAAACUACUCAAAUCCGUGGCUAACUUUAGCAGAAGAGCAAAUAGGAAGUGGUGGUUGCCCCAACCUCCAUUGUUUUGUUGCAUCAGAAGAGGACCACAUCAACACACAGGUGCAGUCCUCCUUGAACGGAAAAAUCAAACCUGUCCAAUUGAUAUCUUGUUGAUUCUUAACAACAUAUUGGUCUGACAGGCCCAUCGGUCGGCCCUAUACAUGGAACAAUGGAAAGAAAGAACUGGCAGCUUUUAUAACCACUUUAAGAAAGAAUGAUCAUUUUCUCAGACUGCACAGUCAGAACUAGAGUUGAAACCUGUCAGUAUAUACAUUUAAAAUUAUAUUUAGCAUUAAAAUUUUAAUAUCUUCUGAAAAUCUGCUGCAAUUUUCUGACAACUUUCAGGAGUUAUUGUGUUUAUAUGCAGUAAAACCCGUAGUAGAACAUGUACAUAUGGAAAAGCAUCUAUUAACUCCUGAAUGAUAGGUUUAUUAUUUAUAGCAUUCUCCCAACUCUGUACAAAACUAAUAUUCUCUUCUCCUGUUUCCUAUUCUGGAGAUCCGCAUGUUCUGCUUUGGAAUCAUAUAGGCUCGUAACACUUACACCUCAGGUAUCUCAGCAGUGCACAUCAAGUCUCACUGUUGGUUUUAAACUGGUGAAUUCUUGUUAGAAAAUUAUACCAGCUGUGACAAAGUACUUUUUUUGCAUUAAAGUCAAGAAAUCAUUGUUUGGAAAUAUAAUAAUAGGUUUACCUCAUUAUGUCUAUGGAUUAAUAUACAAGUCAUCUUGAACUAGGGGUUUGCACAUCAAGUGCACCUUUAGAGCAGAAUGUGAAUGAAACAUGUAGCCCUCUUGCUGUUGCCGAGCUGCACUCACUUUGCAUCAGGUCUAGAUUGGCAGUAGAUAACUAUAGUUUUACUGGCUCCUUCUGUUAACAGUAUGCUAACGUCAAAGGUUUUAUUGUGCCUAUAAAUAAUGUAUAAUGUGUAGAGAAGUAUUGGGGAAACAUUUUUUAAAGUUCAAAUCAGUUCUGGCUUCAUGGGAUUUAUUUCCCACUUAUUCACUUGACAGCAGGCCAUUUCUGCUUUAUGAUCCAAGCUAUCAGGAUAACAGAUUGUCAGGUCACAAUAGUCUUCUGCCGAAAAGUCUUGUUCACACCACUCCAGAUGGCGGAAAUGUUAAUACCAGUACUGAAGGUGAAACAGGGCUGUGCAUUAUUCUGUUUUAAUCAUUGUUAUAAAACAACCAUGCAUUAAGUUAGAAUGAAAUAAAUGAGAUCUCAUGAAACUGGAAAUUUUGUUAUGAACUAAAGGUUGUGCUGGGUAGCUUCAAACAGAGAAAGUCUUUUGGAACUUCUAAUUGGGAAAGGUAUUAGAGCAGGAUGGACAACCAAUUGCCUUCUGUCAGUGGGAUGUAGGAAUUUAGUAGUGGAACAAUAUAUAGAGGGCUGCAGAUUGCCCAACCCUGUCAUAUGUUUUUGGCACAUAAAGUCAGUUAAAUGCCAGGGGCCACAACAAGUUAAUACUUGGUAAAUGGAUGGCACAGGGCUGCUACCCCAGGGGCCCCCGCUGGGGUAAAAAAAAACACCACCAAGUUCCCUAGUGCUCCAAAAUUCCUUUUGUAAGGACACUUUACCCUAUUUAUAAAAGUGCAUAUGCCAGAUUUAAAAUUUAAUUUACCAACAUUUUAGAAUUUGUAAAGUUCAUUGAAAACAACAGAAGCCAAAAGCACUUGAAAGCUUUAUAUCUUCCCCAGCUGCCUUUAUAAAUAUGGCCCAUAGGUGUGCAUUGCUUGUUGUUAAGAUGAAAUCAUCAGAAGUUGAAGAUCCUUUACUCUGAAUUUUAAAAUUAAUGUAUUUACAGUAUUCAAUCUUGCUGGCCCCAUACCAAUGCCACAUUUCUAUUACAAUGGAAUUUCCAUUAGUUUAUGACUAAGUCUGUGGUCAAAUUGUGAUUAAAUGCUGUGAAUAUCCGUAAAUAUGCCCAGAGGCUUUCUCUGACUGCCGUUAGAUUGCAACCAGAUGAACAAGUGUCAGCAGAGAUAUUUGCUAAGGAAUAUCUAAUGGCGUUCCCUGAGCAACAACACUUGUACGUCACUUAAGGAAUGCUGCCAUGCCAGUCGCCAUUGCUAGCCUUUGACUCACACUGACUCUGCCUACACACAUUCAAUGAACCUGACUGAGUAUGGGGAGAUCCACCAACCAAUGAUGAAUAAUAUUUUUUAAAAAGAUGUACUUUAAACAUAAUUAUCCCAGUUUUAUUAUUAUCCCAGUUGUAUGUUUUGGGGACAGUCACAAACAUGUAUCCCAACUAACCUGUACAGACAUUUCCAGCUAAAUAUUCCUCAGCAAAUGAUUUCAUUUUCCAGAAUUAUGGGAACUUCCGAGGUAUAAAUAGGUAACCGCAUUUAAAGGCACACUAACCCCUCGACCAUGUUAGAGGUUAGCGUGCCUUUAGGCCAAACAAUAUUUCUUUACUAGAUUCUGAAACCCUAUGGGUAUUUCUUCACAGUAUAUGAUUUUUAUAGUAAACCAUUUAUGUGAAUAUUAUGGGUAAUACAGACAAAAUAAGGAGAAAUAUUAAUUUUAGAAAUCUGAUUUUCACUGUCAGGUCCUCAACUCAUGCAACAUGCAAAGUGUUAGUCUCCAAACCUGUUGUGUCUUUGGAUAGGCAGCCAUUUUGUAUCCCAUAAGAAUACAAAAAAGCCCGCAUAUUUGGAGAACUAAUUCCACAGUCACACUCAUCAUAUUAGGUUUUGCUGAUACCAUUAGUUCAAAUAAAUCUUCACAGGGUACUUCACCUACAGUUAUAUUGCUUUUAUUUUCACAAAACUUAGGGAAAAAAAACUGGUGUUUUUAUUUUUUGUUCCAAAAAACUGGAACUAAACAGAAAUCAAGGUCAAAAUCUGUUAUAAAUAUAUUUCCAUUGUCUCUAAAAUGUUACACAUUUGCUGUACAUUCCUUUUUUUAGGACGUGUUCUCUGUAAAAUAAAAAUGUGUAGUGAUAUCAUUCUGUAACUUUUGAGGAACAGAAACAUUUUUCUAAUUUCAUUUGUUAUUUAUGUUGGCAGUGAGCUGGGGGCGGAGUUCCUGAGACCUUGGCCUCUGUUCUUUUUUUUUUUUUCUGUCCUUUUUUAAAAUGAAAUCCUUGGCAUUUUCUUUUUUUUUUUUUUUGGAAAAAUUUAAGUUAAUUUAAAUUGUGGUUGAAGCAAUAGAAAAUUGAAAUAUGGAUUGUGCAUGACUGUGUCUUGAGUGUAAAAAAAAAAAUAUUGCAGUUUGAAAAUCUGGACCUGCAGUAUUGUGAAUAAAAGUUAGAAAUACCUUG